AUUUAGUGAAUCUGAUGUGAAUAGCUGAACUAUACUAUGAACUUGAUUGCCUAUAGAUGGGGCUAUUGUUUAUGUGAAAGUUAAAAGCACAUUGUUUCUUUCAGGUGUCUCAUUUCAAAAGUAAAGACUUCAGUGAUAACAGUCGAUUAGGAAAUAGCAUAUUGUGAAGGGAGUCUGAAUAAAGCUGUAUCACAUAGUAAUCUACUCCAGCGUUCUCAGAGAUGGACUAUCUUGCCUGCCUUAUUGUUGUUCUCCAGUUAUCUGAAACCACAGGGGAAGGAAGAUUUGUGGAUGCAACUGUAAAACUCACCAAUAAUAUGAAUCUGGAAUGCGUCUAUCCAAAGACGGAUGGCAUGACCCAGAUGUCCUGGGUUAAGAGUAUUGCAACUGGCAAAGAAACCAUUGCUGUCUCCCACCCAUUGUACGGUGUGCAUAUUGAAGACAAAUAUAAGGACAGAGUUCGUUUUAUAAAUUCUUCCUCAAGAGACAAGUCCCUAAACUUCAUGAAGACCACUGAAGCUGACAUGGGCUUUUAUUUAUGCUCCAUAACUUUCCCAGAUGGAGUCUGGGAAAAGGUGGUAGAGGUUAUCCAAUCAGAUUCUUUUGAGGUACCUGUGCCACCAACCAACCACACGAUUAUUGAACCAGGGGGAAAUGUGACAUUUAGAUGUCCUUACAGUGUUGGAAGUUUGGUGCAGCAAGUGAUGUGGGAAAGGAUUAAAGUGGAUCGGAUGGAUACCAUAGUCCUGUGUAACUUGUCAGAAGGGAAAACCUAUGGUUCAGAUUACCAGGAGCGUGCAAUGAUAGACUGUGCUACUCAAGAGAGCGACAUUCUUGUCAUUCAAAAUGUUACAUCUUCUGACUCUGGAAUUUACCGCUGUCGUUAUGGUGGAAACAAAACCCAUGUGAUGAGCUUGACUGUCACUAGCGCAACUUUGGAUCAUCACUGGCAUAUUUUGCUCAUUGCUGGAGGGGCUGCUGCCUCAUUAUUACUACUGGUCACCAUACUGAUCAUCAGCAUCACCGCUGUUUAUCGUAAAAAAAAGAAAAGGAGAAGGAUCAUGAAGGCCCUGUCGAAAGCCCUGUACUCUACUCAGACCCGGCCCAGUAACAGUUAUGGAAGAUCCAACUUUUGUGGCGCACCAAACAACAGAAGAGGCGUAGCAUCAGUAUCUGGGGCGAUGGACGAGAUUUAUAUCAACUACAGAGACUUCUCACGCAAACCUAAGACAAGAACAUGAGUUUCCUUCUCGUGUCUGAAUAAAAUAACCAACGUAGAAGUACAGGCUUUGGAGCAUAGGCUUUAUUUUCUUUGUACCAGACGGACCUUUAUUUUUUUUAGUCUCCAUCAGCUAAGUGACUUUGAUUUAUCAGUGCAGCAAGAGAUUAUUUGUUUGUCUAUAAUUUACAUCUUCUGAGACUUUAUAUUUUAAACAAUCAUUUUGGCAGGGAGGGAGGGAAUAAAUGAAGAGGCCAAAUUCAGAGCUGGUGUACCUCCCAUGGCACUGGAACUGCAUCUGCCUACACCAGGUCUGAAUUUGAUCCUGAAAGUUUAUAUGAACGAGUGAAGCAGAGGGAAAAUGUGUUUAUUUUCUGUCUAGAUCCAGGUAUUUAACAUCUGCAGUGGCACUUUAUAUUGGGUGCUUUAUAGAGUGGCAGCAGAAUGAAAUUGUUUUUGCCCACUGGUAACAUAAUACCUGCAUGUGAAGUGACAAGAUCAAAUACAUCAGGUUUCCUCUUGCCCAGAAUAAGAAGGGUUCAUGGAGCUCACCAUCCCUCCCUCUCAAUGGUCAGACAAGAUGCUCUAGCAGUCACUCAGGUCCUUAUGGUUGAGAAAAAGAAAGAAAUCUGGCCCUGAGGCACAGCAACACACUCAGGUGAAAACAAAACACAAAGACUCAGUCACUGACAAGUUAUAUUUAAUAAUAAUUUAUUAUAAGGUUUGGUUGCACAAAAAAUAAAUGAGAACAGGAGGAUACAGGAAUAAAUGAGGCAAAGCAGAAGAAAAAAGCAUGAUUAAGAACACUUACAAAAUGAUAUGUAUACAUACACAUACAUAUAUGUGUAUAUAUUCUGCAGGAACCUGCAGAAGAAAAUGCACAAUAAUAGAAAGAAACAAACAAACAAAACCAGAAGGCAGACCUGAGAAUUAGGGUCUACGCAUCCUGUUGGCCCUUUACACAAGUGCUUUUAGUGGAAUGUCUCUAGGUGUGCGCAGGACAGUCACUUUAACAUGAAGGAGGAAUCCAGGUAAGUGAGUGCUAUCAUGAAGACUAAUAGUCACAUACAGCUGCAUACUAUAGUGCCUCAACAUACCGUAUACUGUAUGUCAGGCUGAUUAGUCAUGUCUGCUUGGGCUGGUGCUCCCUUUCUCUUUAAACAUUAGUGAAAGUGGUAUUGAACUUGAAUAUUUCUGGAAAGGGGAAAAAAGUUAACGUCAUUCUGCCUAAGCAUUAGUUACCAGUUCCAUUGAGUUUGGCAGGGAAAGAGCAUUGACAGCAGCCUGAAAGCUAAAAGCACAUUAUAGUUAGCCUCUUCCGACAGAAGGCUGUUUUCAUGUGGAUAAGAAAACAGUGGUCUAGAUUCUUCUGGUCAUUAUGUGGACACGGGCGUCCCAAGCUACUGGGGAGGAUCACAGCAUUGUGCAGCUAGCCUACACUUCAGCUAAAUUGAAGUGUUGUAAGACUAAAAAUUCCUUCAAACCUAGCAUUGAAGAGUUUCAUUGUUUACCAUGUCAAAUACCAUUAGAAAACAUCUCUCUCUUUUUCUUUUGGAUCUGUGUACUACUCAACAAAUACCUAUACACAUCAUAAGGGGUACUUUUAUUUUUUUCCACUGACUGAAGGAUUUAGGAAAUGUUAGCACAUGAACGAUGAAAUUGCAUCAUAUUGAUGAGGAUACGCAGAAAUGUACUAUUAAUAAGUUGGGUUGGUUUUUUUUUUUUACCUGAGUUAUCACGUCAUACCAGAUCAUUGCAAAUUGUGCACAGAAUUACAAGUAGAACCCUGUAUCAGCGGCCUUUUCUCUAACCUAGAUCUGGUGAUCCCAUUUAUAUUUAAAUGCCAAGCUGUUAAUAUAAUGAAUUCCACUAGAUUUAUGUUUCCCGGUCAGAGCUCCGGAUGCCUCAAGAUAUAACAACCACAAAGUUGGUAGUGCCCCCCCUGUUUUUUUAGAAGCAGAGUUUUCGUUCAUAGUGCAUCCAUACUAGUCUAAAGAGUUGUUUUUACUGAGGGUGAAAAGAUGGGGAUUUUUUUUAACCUGAAUAGCUAUAGGAUCAGUUUAUUUUGGUUUGUUUCUGGUAAGUGUCCUUGAUAUUUCCUUGACAUGGUAUCUGAGGCCAUUAUAACAUUUCUGUGUACAUUUGUUUUUCAAAAUAAUUGAACAUUUUCCAGAUAUUAGGGGAAAAAAUCUAUACUGCACAUCUUGGCAUUUUGUUUAAUCUAUUUUAAUUCAAAUUCCAUAGAUGUUUUGCUUCUAUGAAGACCGUAUACAGGGAAAAUUGUGUCAACACAUCACACAUAGCAUAAUAAAAGUAAUAUAUUAAUCCUUUCCAAUAAACAGACCAAGCAACAGCUUAAUUUUGUACCAUUAUCGUAAAGCUAUAUCAGUGAACAGCAGCUGAACCCCCAAAUGACACCAUUAAAAAUACAACCUUGUCAAUAUCCUAAACUGGCAGCAAAAUCAGUAAGUUACAAAAAUCUCUUAAGACUAAAGAGCCUGGCUUGGAGAUAUAUACAUAUAUAUAUAUAUGUGUGUGUGUGUGUGUGUGUGUGCACAAGUUGUCAUUAAUACGUCAACAUUGCCAACAGACAGUUUCUUUUCUAAAUAUAGGGAAAAACUUUGCUACCACUGUGGAGUAACUGUUGGCCAGUGCUUAUUUUUCUAAUGGCAAUCACUGAAGGUGAAGAGCACAGCAGUUAGGGGAGUGGGAUUUAAAACCUCUUAAAAUGUAUGUGUGUGGCUUGAGGGACUGUCUGUGGCAAAAUGUGCAUUGUUUUAAAUUAGUGUUCUAGGUACCCACUCUGAAGUCAGACAGCUCAUAGGGCACUAUUUAUGACUUAGAUGAUCAAGCUCAGAAUUUCACAUAAUAGGACCAAAUUACAUCCUUAGCAAAUGUAAGAAAUGCAAUUCCUUUUACAGGUGCUUAUUUCCUCUAGGGCAAAAGUAUGCAACUAAAUUUUGCAAUCUCUUUUGAGCAGUAAAAUAGCAAUGAUAAACACUGCAAAUAAUGAUUGAAAUAAGUGUGAUUUCUCUCUACAGCUUAAAACAGUUUUAAAAAAAUCAAUGUCCCAUAAAGAUAACAACAAACCCCAAACAGCAGCCAGAUUGUGGAAUUUACUGAAGGCUGUUACAGCAUUACUUAUUUAAAAAUAACCAAACAACCCCAGGCUCCAGAAACAUUACUUAAAUAAAUAAAGCUUACAGGAUAAAGCAUAUUUUCAUUAAACAAAAGAAAUAUUUAAUUUGUUAAUCUUUAAUUAAGGGAACUCUUAGCAGAAAACUGGAAUUAUACUGAUAGAAGCUUUUAAGAAAGGGAAAAAAUGGCUUUUCUUCAAUGACGCAUUAAACGUGCUAUGGCUAGUUAUAUGCAUGUAUGUUGUACACAAGGAGAGAGACGUUUAAAGGAGAAGUCCUGUAAUUGAUGGCAUUAUGAAACUUUUUAAACUUAAAUACAUGUCUCUUGAAAAACUGAGUCCUCCAAAGUAAAAUAGUAUCUGAAAUUGGCCUAUUCUGGCAGCACUUCACCCUGCAGAGACAGCCAUCUUCCUGGUUCAUGAAACAUAGAAAGAGGAUUAAACUCCCACUUUAAGGUGCUUUGGGUAGAUAGUAUAGCAGGGAAUUGAGAUGCUAUAUUGAAAUAUUUCCUUUAGCUUUCUUUAUUCUUAAAAAAAAUGCUGAUGUGUUUUAAAGACAAUAACUAAUCUGCCACUUUCUGUUCCUCUUGGCUAUUCCUUUCUCUCCUGCCCAGCAGAGCGCAUUUUGUCCGCUAGUAGUUGGAGGUGUGAAGGAACGUCUGGAGGGUUUGUUGCUGAGAGGGGGAGAGGAGGGAGCUAUAAGUGUAUGUUAGGUUGUGCUUGAAUGAUUGUCAGGCAGGGAACUUGGGAUUUGGGGAAAGGUCUGGGCUGAGCUAUGAAAAGAAACUGUUUCAAAUAACAGAUCCUAGGGUGAAGAUUAUUUAUAGUCUUAAAACUUCUGGAAACCAUGAGGCAGAUUAUUUCUCAUAUCUACUUUACACCCCUGAAGUUCCAUUUAACUCAUUAGUCUAAGUGAUUGUCAUGUGGCGAUGCUUCACUGAAGUCCAAGGAGUGACAUUGAUUGACACCAGCAGAGUUACCAUGUACCUCACUGAGUUACACAGGUAUAAGUGAGAGGAAACUCAGGCUUUAAAUGCUUCCACUGAAUUCAAUGGAGUUGUAUUUGUUUAUACCAGGGCUACAAUUAGUUGCAAACGCCUUGUUUCUCCAAUUAAAUCUAAUUGUUAGCUCCCGUCUUUAAUGAUCAUUGGGUAGCAAGAUGACUCUCUCCAUGUUCUGAGAAAUUUUAUUUUAAAUCUAUUAAUUAAUUAUGAAAUUAACACCACUGAGCUGUUAAAAAUGAUGAAAUUGUGAAAUUUUAGAAAUGUGCACAUUUCCUUUUACAUGUUUUAUGUCUAGUUGGACACGAAUCUGAAUAAUUCAGGCUCCCAAUAUAAACCCUGCUCAUAGAAUUAUUUAGAUGAUGGAUAAAAUUUUCAGAAACAUCUACAUGAUUGAGACUCCUAAGUCCCAUUUUUUCAAAAGUGACUUAGGCAUUUAAGAGUAUAAGUACGAGAUUAAGUAUCGGAGGGGUAGCCGUGUUAGUCUGAAUCUGUAAAAAGCAACAGAGGGUCCUGUGGCACCUUUAAGACUAACAGAAGU